CGAGAUUCUGGGAAGAAGGCAAUUGAGGUUAUUAUGUCCAGCAUUGCCAAGAGAAGAAAUACCUCGGUGUUUGGUUCCCGAAGAUGGUGGUCAGGUGGUUGUUGGGCCACCAGAAGUCACCAGGAAGCUUACCUGAGGAAACUUUACUCUCGGAAGUAUGCCACUGGCCCUGAAGGUUGUUCAGUGGAAAAUGUUACCGAUUCUGGAAAUCUACCCUGGAGACCAGCUGUUUAUGAUUUACCAACUACCGAUGAACAUUAUUUGGAUGAUUUUUUGAGAGGAAGAAACGAAAAUGGGGUGGGGUGUCCUGCUUUAUCAACUCCAAGGGCUAGUCCCACCGAAAAGUGCGUAGAAUUUUUAAAUAGAAAUGAUGCUGCUGGAGAAAGUUGUCCUCAUCGAGAUUCAGAUUUUGAGCUAGAAGAAAAUAAGGAACCUUUGAGGAUCACAGAACGCAAUCUUGAUAGUCUUCUGCGAGCGGGAUAUGGUUCUCAUGUAGUAAAGGUGUGCAAAAGCUGCAGGUGCCCAAGAGAGGAUCACCAUCAGUCAUCAUCGGCGGAAGUUGGGGGCACUUCGAGCUUGGGCCUGGUCCCAGGUUCACGAAUGGCGAUGGCAAUGGCCUUCCAGAGCAGCGGUACAGUCGCGACCGUUGGCUCUCACCGGGAACCCUUCGAAAGUCCUGUUCAACCUCCCCCAGUUGCACCAGCUCUCCAAGAUCCUCUGGUCCAGCAUCAUCAUCAUCAGAGGCACUCUCAGAGCGAUGACGACAGCGGUUGUGCUCUCGAGGAGUAUACCUGGGUACCUCCGGGCCUCAGGCCCGAUCAGGUUCAUCUCUACUUUUCUGGACUCCCAGAGGACAAGAUCCCGUAUGUGGGAAGUGCUGGAGAACGGGAAAGAGUGAGGCAGUUGCUUCAGCAGCUACCACCUCACGACAACGAGGCUAGAUAUUGCAGUGGUUUGAGUGAAGAAGAAAAAAGAGAAUUGAGGGUCUUUGCCGGUCAGAGGAAACGUGAGGCGCUGGGCCGGGGUCAGGCCAGCCAGGUGGAGCGGGCUCAUGGAAGCGGAUGUCGGGAAUGCGGCAGAGCCAUCGCUUCCGGGGAAAUUGCUGUUGCUGCAAGUAGAGCAGGACCUGCAGCCCUUUGGCAUCCGGCGUGCUUUGUCUGCUGUGUCUGCAGACAACUUCUCGUUGAUCUCAUUUAUUUCUGGAGGGAUGGAAGACUUUACUGUGGACGCCAUCAUGCAGAAACGCUUAAACCUAGAUGUUGUGCCUGUGAUGAAAUUAUCCUCGCUGAUGAGUGCACUGAAGCUGAGGGAAGAGCAUGGCAUAUGAGGCAUUUUGCUUGUCUGGAGUGCGACCGACAGCUCGGGGGUCAACGAUACGUGAUGAGGGAGGGCAGACCCUACUGCCUCCACUGUUUCGACGCCUCAUUUGCAGAAUAUUGUGACAGCUGUGGGGAGCCAAUCGGAGUCGAUCAGGGACAAAUGUCACACGAGGGUCAACAUUGGCACGCGACAGAGGUUUGCUUUUGCUGCGCCACCUGUCGAACAUCCCUCUUAGGAAGACCCUUUUUGCCCCGAAGAGGAGCCAUUUACUGCAGCAUAGCCUGCAGCAAAGGGGAGCCGCCAACAACACCCAGCGAUUCUUCCGCUGGACCACCUCCACCUCCUGCCUAUCCAAGAACACCUAGAAGACAACCACCCCCUCCAAGUGAAGGAUCCUCCAGUCCACCACCUCCUCCAGUGUCGAGGCACACUCUCAGUUCACCAAGGAAUUCACCUCGAAUGACCAGAAAGCAGCAUCGUCAGCCGGUCUCUGUUUCUCUCGUCACCACUCCAACUCAAGGAACAACUACCGUUGACUUUCCGGGUGAAGGACUUCCUGGGACUGGAUCCAGGUCGGGAGGGCUCGACAGGGUACUUCUUGAGAGAAAUCUCGAAAGGCUACUUCAGGAACGAGGAUCCCAUACUGAAGAAACGGACAACGACUUGGGAAGGUUGAUGCAAGCGAGGGAUAGAGAGCCACUACGAUGUGUGCCAAGUUGUCCUCCUUCUCAUGCUUCAAGUAUGCCAGAACUUCCACAACCAGUGUCAUCUUUAGCUGCUUCGACUAUAGCGGAAUCACUUUGUGCUGUUGCCACAGCGUCUUCUUCGACCUCACCAACAACACCACCUACGAAUAUUAUGGCAAAUGUUACUCUUAGUCCAGACCCUUCGACACCAACCUUAAGGAGGGUGCGGUUUCAAGGUGACGAUCAAGCUGGAUGUUCGACUUCUCCACCAUCAGCGGAUGAACGAACACAUCCUUGUUCGCCUUCAACCUCGAAAAAUAAUGUUCCUAGGUCGAGAAGUUUGCAGCCUGAAGAAGUCGCUGGAACUUCAUGGGCUGGAAUUGGAAACAGAGUGAGGACCGACGACGAAGAAAGUUGUUGUUCGACUUGCAGUACUUCAAGUAGUUCCGAUGAGGCAACAGCUUACACGUUACCACCGAGACGUGCCUACGGAGGUGUGAGAAUUUCUUAUGUGCCAAAUGAUGCCGUCGCUUGUGCCCGAAGAAGAGCACCACCCGGAUCAUCCGGGACGACGCCUUGCCACAGCCAAAAAGACGCUGAAAAAUGCGUCGUAUCCUGAUCGGAAGUUCCUGUCGUCCAUUCGCGGUCAACUCUUCAAGUUUCCAUGGAAUGGGCGAUCGUUGCUCUUUCCUUAUCCGUCCCAGCUGCUUAAUAAAUUAUCACUGCCUUGUAAAUUGCAUUUAAUCAGCGCGAAAUAAGAAUAAGCAGCAGAGCAGAAGAAAACUGUUCGCUACGAGGUGUAAUAUUUCAAUAGAUAAUUUCAUCAUCCUGAAUUAGUUCAAAAUAGAAGAGAAAAUAAUUUUUCAGUCGUGUGGGCAUACUCAUGAAUUUUUAAAUUGUAAUUAUAUCAAGGGUGAAGAGCUGGAAGGGCCUAAGCGAAUUUUUAAUUUAAAGAAAGACCAUUAAACAAAAACAUGCAUUUAAUUCACGAACAACUAUUUAUCAUCUCUUGCAAUGGGAGCGAAUUUUUCCCAGAAUGUGAGGCUAAUUCGCUCAAUUUAAUGAGUUUUUAAAUCUUUUAUAAAACUUCUUUAAUACUUAAAUUCGAACUGAAUUAAUAGAACCCAAUA